AUGGGUAUUAAAGACAGUAGCAGUAACAGUAGAGUCAGCAAUAGUAGUAGUGAUGGUAAGAGUAGUGUAGUAGGAGUAGUAGUAGUAGUAGCAGUAGUGGUAGUAGUAAUAGUAGUAAUAGUGGUGAUAGUGGUGAAUAAUUUUAACGAUGGUGAUGAUGGUGUCGGUGGUGGUGGCGGCGUCGGCGUCGGCGUCGGCGGCGGCGGCGGAGGCGGAGGCGGAGGCGGAGGCGGAGGCGGCGGCGGCGGCGAUGGCGAUGGCGAUGGCGAUGGCGAUGGCGAUGGCGAUGGCGACGAUGAUGAUAAGAAUGAGAAAUAG